GGUCCUUCAUCCAAAUACAAACCACUUUUUUCCCCACGGACGCAAGGAAAAGGUUACUCCAACGAGGUUUGGUGAAUUGCGUGUGUGUUUUUAGGGAAUGGUACGAUGUUUAGGAAGGAAAAGUUUGAUUAUUCAGAGAAGCUGUGUGCGGUAGGUUAGUGGAAAACGUGAGCAAAAUGAGUCUUCGCACCAUUCCAAAGCAUCUGAAGUAGUGUGCAGAAGGGCCCGUAAACGAACGAAGCGUCUUCCCAGGUUGGCCUAAAAAAAAAAGGAACAAAAAACGAAGGAACAGUAGCAAUCGUUUAGCGACGAACGGAUCGAUAGUGCAAAAACGCUGUUGAUAGUAGGUCCAAGCAGUCAUAGCAGUAUUAUCGUGAAGAUACACAUUGCAGGUGUUGCCCAAGGCGCGCAACGACCACUUCAAUAUGGUAGCCAGCCAGGCCCUGCUUGGGGGCUCGUUUCCAUAUGCGUGAACAGUAACGGGAGCACCCGCUGUGAAGUACAUUCCGUUGUAGUAAACUGAACGUAAAAAAGACUGACUGUGGAAGAGUAGGAAAAGCGAGUGCGUUUUUGUACGGUGCGACAUCCACGGUGCUAUCAGUGCAAAACAAGAAGAAGUAACACAAUCCCCAUUCCAACCAUGUCGGUGCAGAUGACGAGAUAUAAGCAGGCACAGUUCGCUGACGAGGACAGCAGCAGCAUCGGCUCGAUACAGAUCAACGAGACGACGCGCAGCCCUACGAUGCACAUCCGCUACCAUGCCGCCCGGGGAUCCUCGCUUUGGAACGCUCGGAGCAAGCUGGAGAAGGUGUUGCUGUCGCUGCUGGCGCUCUCUAUCAUACUGAUUGUGGUGCUGAGCAGUUUGCUGGCGAGCGAUACAACCCGUAUUCUUCAUGUGCGCCCUCACGUUGGUUCGGAUCCGUUCGGGGUGGACGAACAGUUGCCCUGCCUCAAUCAACACUGCAUCUUUGCGGCGAGUGAGAUACUGCACUCGAUCGACUGGAGUGUGGAUCCGUGUGACGAUUUCUACGCCUUCUCCUGCAACCAGUGGAUCCGCAACAAUCCCAUCCCGGAGGGUAAAUCAAUGUGGGGCCUGUUUGGGAAGCUGGAGCAGCAGAAUCAGCUGGUGCUGAAGAACGCUCUCGAACGGCCACUGGCGGAGUUUAAGUCGAAGGCGGAAAAGAAGGCCAAACUGUACUACCAAUCGUGUCUGGAUGAGGACGAAACGAUGGAGAAGCUCGGCGCGGAACCGUUGCAGAAGCUGUUGCGCCAGAUCGGAGGCUGGAACGUGACGGCCAACGCGAGCGGCUUUGACGUGCAGCGAUGGUCCCUGCAGCGAACACUUCAAACGCUGCAGAUACGCUACAACAUGGGCGGACUGUUCGGGUGGGCUGUGGGCGAGGAUGAUCGCAACUCUAGCAAGCAUAUCAUACAGAUCGAUCAAGGUGGAUUGACACUUCCAUCGCGGGAUAACUAUCUAAACAAAACGGCCAACGCCAAGAUUCUGACCGCCUAUCUGGAGUACAUGACGAAGGUGUCGGUGCUGCUCGGGGCGGACGAAACGGACGCACGGCGUCAGAUGCUUGAGGUGAUCGAGUUUGAGACGCGUCUGGCCAACAUUACCACCCCGCAGGAUAUGCGCCGGGACGAGGAGACACUGUACCAUCCGAUGACGUUGGCGAUGCUGCAGGAGAAGGCCCCAUUCAUUAACUGGCAGGAACAUUUCGAGGAAGCGUUCCGCCUGGUACGGCGCAAGAUCACCGAGAAGGAGCGCGUCGUCGUGUACGCUCCGGAGUAUCUCGAGAAGUUGAACAUCUUGAUGAAGGAGUACACCUCAACGGAUGAGAAGAAGAUCAUUCUCAACAACUAUCUGGUGUGGCAAACGGUACGAACGCUGACCGCCUGCCUGUCUAAGGCAUUCCGCGAUGCGUACAAGGGUCUCCGAAAGGCACUGAUGGGUUCGGACGGAGGCGAAGAGCUCUGGCGGUACUGUGUGUCGGACACGAGCAAUGUGCUCGGUUUCGCUGUCGGUGCCAUGUUUGUGCGGGACGUGUUUCACGGUGAUUCCAAACCGCAAGCCGAAGAAAUGAUCAACCAGGUGCGGGAUGCAUUCAAGGAAAACUUCAAGAAUUUGGGCUGGAUGGAUGCGGAGACACGUCGACUGGCGGUGGAGAAGGCCGAUGCGAUUAGCGAUAUGAUUGGCUUCCCGGACUAUAUCCUCUAUCCGGAGGAGUUGGAUCGGAAGUAUCAGGAUUUGAACAUCGACCCAAAGACCUACUUCGACAACAACAUCAACUACAACAUUUACAGCUUGAAAAAGAACCUGGAAAAGCUCGAUCAACCCGUGAACAAGACAAAGUGGGGCAUGACACCGCCCACAGUGAACGCGUACUAUACGCCCACGAAGAACCAGAUCGUCUUUCCGGCAGGCAUCCUGCAGAACCCGUUCUUCGACAUCAAGAACUCGAAAAGCUUAAACUACGGCGCAAUGGGUGUGGUGAUGGGGCACGAGCUGACGCACGCGUUCGAUGACCAGGGCCGGGAGUACGACAAGUACGGCAAUCUGCACCAGUGGUGGAACAAUCAGACGAUCGAGCGGUUCAAGAAUCAGACGGAGUGCUUCAACCAACAGUACAGUGCCUACCGAAUCAAUGGCAAAACGAUCAACGGCAAGCAGACGAUGGGCGAGAACAUUGCCGACAAUGGUGGCCUGAAGGCGGCCUUCCACGCGUACAUCAACAACGAGAAGAACAGCUACACGGACACGGACACGCUACCCCUGCCGGGUGUAAACAUGACCCACCGGCAGUUGUUCUUCGUGUCAUUCGCGCAGGUCUGGUGUUCGGCCGUGACGGACGAGACGACCACGCUGCAGAUCGAGAAGGAUUCCCACUCGCCGCCAAAGUAUCGCGUGAUAGGGCCGCUGUCGAAUCUGAAAGAAUUCUCCGACACGUUCCACUGUCCCCUCGGUACGGGCAUGAAUCCGAUCGAGAAGUGUGUGGUAUGGUAGAGUGUUCGGUGGGAGAACUGGACGAGCAAGGUGGUACAAAUGUGUUUACGUUCUGCAGAAGGUUUGUUUUUUCUCAUUUAGAUCGUGUUUUCAUUUGUGCACACUCUCGUGGGCGAUUUUUGUGACAGUGUUCAUAUAUCAAUUCAAUGUGGCCAAAUGAAGAAAACGAAGUGAAAGAACACAAACAGCACACGCACAGGUAACAGGCCUGAAACGUUCCUGGAACAGCGGGCCGCGGGGCAAUCCAAUUAGAGAGCAUUGCGAGUAAGAUUUCUAAGUCAAAGACAGCAACCAAAAACUAAGUAUGUAAGACACAAAAACGGACAAACUGAAAGUAUAUCUAUUUUAUUACUAACUUUUUCUACUGCUCGCUAUGGGCAGCGAUCGUGCGAAGGAGCGGAUCGCCCGGGGCUGAGGGAAUGGGUGUUUGAAGGCAUUUUACUUUAGUAUUUUCCUCAAUUUUCUCGCAUCACAAACAUACACACAAACUGCGUAAGAGUAAAAAAUCCACGUUUAUAGUGUACGAAAACGUUUAUAAUUGUGAUUGUAUCUUAAAAUGAGGGUAGCACAUUGGCUAAGCAGGGAGACGCACUAUUCGUCUAGCACUGUCUAUCGAAUAGGAAAGGAUGGAGGGAUAGUAUGAGCGACAGCACGAUGGCUGUCAAUGAUGUGGUGCAUAAUGCGGUAACAGUUAUAGCAGGAAAGGUAAGAAGCGACGUGAAUUCCUACUCGACGACAGCAUGGACAUGUACGUUUGAUGCGGGAAUCAACAACAAAUGAAAUAAAACUUAUCCUAGAUUGUACAA